UCUUCGCUUAAUUGCAUCAAGAUCAUCGUUUUCUUCUUCUUCUUCUUUACUAACCAUGGACAACUCCACCACCUCUGAUUGGUCCACUCUUCCCGAAGACCUACUUAUCUCCGUUGCAAAGCGCCUCCACAAAAGAAUCGAUGUCCUUUGUUUACGCGCCAUUUGUAAAUCAUUCCGUUCUUCAAUCCCUCCUCCGCCAAAACCUCUAUCUCCACUUUCACUCAACAUUUCCAUCCCUGCGACCUCCGUCCAUCACGCUUCUCCAGGAUGUUUGGAACUCGCCCGCUUCACCUUUUAUGCGAUCCAGCCCCUUACCCCAAUCUCCUAUCCACGCCAAUCCACAGAAACAUGGUUAGUCAAGAUCCAAGAAUUGAACUCCGGCAAAGUCCGACUUGAGGAUCCACUCUCUCGACUUGGUCUUGGAAAUUCGUCCAACAAGUUAUACAAGUCAAGAAAGUUACCCAGGUCUUUCAACUUAUUGGAUUAUCGGGUCAAGGAAGUGGCCAAAGCAUACAGAAUUGAAUUAGUUCAUCAAUUUGACGAGCCUGUUGUUUUUAGUAAAGCUGUUGUUUCGUCUCAUGAUGGGAUUGAUGAUGGGUUUGCAGUUAUGGCGAUAGUUCAAGGAAACCUGGUUGUUUGGAGAAAUUUAGACAAGAAAUGGUCUAGAAUACGCUUCAAUAAUAGUUUUUCUGGUGAUAUAAUUUACCAUAAUCAUAAGUUCUAUGCUGCCACGGCCAGAGGUCUUACAGUAUCUGUGGAUUGUAAUUCUUUGACUGUUACUCAAGUUGCAGGUCCUCUAGAGACACUCACUUUUUGGACCAAUUUGGUAAAGUCUUUUGAUGAUUUAUUUGUAAUUGUUAAGUUCUGGGCAUGGAAAGAUGAGCGAAAUGAUUUUAAGGUUUAUAAACUUGAUGAAGAGAUAGGUGAGUGGGUUGAAGUGGUGGAUGGAUUGGAGGAUAGAGCUUUUUUUCUUGGUGAUGAUUGUUCCUUCUCUAUUUCUGCUAAAGAGUUCCCUGGAUGUAAAGGGAAUUCUGUUUAUUUCAAACAUGGACCUUUUAGGAAUGAUGGUUGUCUCCCUGGAACAGAUGGUGGGAUUUUCGACUUGAAGGAUCGGACUGUUCGCCGCCUCUUUGCUGAGCAUUCUAAGAUCUUUUGGCCUCCACCAAGAUGGGUGAAGAGAUAGUCCAAUUAGGCUUCAUGCUGAUGCUGAAUGUAACUGUUUAUUUUCUGUGCCUCGUUGAUAUGGCCUUAAUUCGUAUUUAUGAUAUAUAAAUCGCUUUAUUUUAAUUCAGGUAAGAUAUAAAAAAAGUGCUCUGUUUCUAAUUUUCUCCAGUUGCAGCUAAUAGAAACUGAAAAUUUGUUAUGAAUCCCAAGAGCUGAUUAAGGCAAUUUUUUCUUUCUAGUACAUAUUUUUCUGAGCAGGUUUAGUUGCUUUCUUAUUAUUUUAUCUU